CGUACCAAUAAACCCUAAAGUCCACGCGGUUGGAGACUGGGGUUUUCUUUAUUCUACUUCUACCCUGGUUUGCAAACAGACCCAGAGACUGGAAUAUUCCAUAAUUCCUAUAAACACCACAAUUCCCUCGCACCCAAAUACUCCCUAACUAAGAAAGCCCCUUCCUUUUUCCUCUAUAUUCUCUCUCUCUCUCUCUUAAACCCUCUCUCUGCUCUCAAACCAAGUUUCUCAACUCUGUUAAUGGCUUCUACCAAGGUUGAUAACCGGGGUCCAUUCGGGUCGAAAAGGUCUCGGAAUGAUGCUUCACGGAAUGAUGGAGAUUGGACCUGUCCUAAGUGUGGAAAUGUAAACUUCGGGUUUAGAGUUGUUUGCAAUCGUGGAAAAUGUGGUGCUCCUCGACCACCUGUCACUCCAUCUGCUCCAAUUAGCCCUUAUAAUGCCCCUCCUCCGUUUUAUUAUGGAGGUGUUGGGGCUCCUCCUCUGCCAUAUGGAUUGUCUGGCAGGUAUGGAUCCCCAGUACCACAUUCAGGACUGCAUUAUGACUAUGGUCUCCCUUCAGGUGCUCAUGGACCAUAUGGUCAUCUGCCUACAUUUCCACCUGGAGGAUAUGGAGGUAUGCCUUAUAGUCCAGGGCCUGCCGUCAAUGGAUAUGGAUUUGGCUUUCAAAGACCUCCAUGGGCAGGAGGAGUAUUACCUGAUAAUCCUGCCUCUCGGAAACGUCGUGGAGGGCCAGAUGGUGUACAUGAAGGGGAUUGGAUUUGCCCCAAAUGUGACAAUGUUAACUUUGCCUUCAGAACCACUUGCAACAUUAAGAAAUGCGGGGCUCCCAGACCUUCUUCUGGCCCAAACCAAUCAAAUUCUAGUGCCCCUGAAGGCUGCUGGAGUUGUAGCAAAUGUGGCAAUCUGAAUUAUCCCUUUCGAACUGUCUGCAACCGCAAGGAUUGUGGAAAUGAGAGGCCAAAUACUGGCAAUUAGAUAAUUACCCUAUUGUGUGCAUGGGUAGCUUCAAUCCACCAAUUCCCUGUGUAUUAGAAAAUCAUUCUUUGUUGUACUAGAGAAUGAAAAAACAACAAUGUUUAUAUUUUGAAAAAAAAGAACAAGAUUUAUAGUCAGCAUGACAACUUGUAAUCUUAUUUUUAUUAUUAUAUUUUUCUCUGGGCAACUUCUGGUAUGAAUGGCUGCUAAUCUGCAACUUUGGUCA